AUGCCAGGAAGAUUGCAAGACGAAGGCAGUUAUGCCUCAGAGCCGACCGUCGAUGUGCAGAAAGAAUACGGAGACUGGCGGGACAAACUGAUCAAAGAUGGCUACGUCGUUCUCAAAGGUGUCGUCCCCGCCGAACGCGCUCAGCACUAUCUAGACAGUAUCUUUAGCUGGCUCGAAACCUUUCCUUACGGUUUCAAGAAAGAUGACCCCUCCACAUGGGGACCUGAACAUCUCCCGGCACAUGUCAAGAGUGGCAUGUACCAUGGCUAUUCUGUGUCUCACGAAAAGUUCUUUUGGGAUGCGCGAUUAGAGCCAGCCAUCAUUGAUGCAUUCGCCAAGAUAUGGGGAACGGACGAACUGCUCGUAUCGUUUGAUGGUGUGAACCUGACUUUGCCCUCUGCAAAUCGACCUGCAGUAGGUGCCUGGCCACACGUGGACCAAAGCCCACUGCGCAAGGGUCUCCAGUGCGUCCAAGGGCUGCUCAACCUGGCCCCCAACGGCCCGGAUGACGGCGGUCUGAUUGUGAUGAAGGGCUCUAGCGCGCUCAAUGAAGAGUACUUUGCUACUCACGAGAAUAGCCAGGAGACAUGGGGCCCGGCAGACUGGUUUGGGUUCUCCGAAAAGGAUGUCGAGUGGUUCAAGAGCAAAGGCUGUGAGAUCAUCAAGGUCUGUGCAGAUCCUGGUGACCUUAUCCUAUGGGACUCUCGUGAGGUUCACUACAAUCAACUCCCAAAGAGUGAUGCAGUACGAUCCGUUCUAUACAUGUGCUACACACCAGCAUCGUAUGCUGCUCCAGAAGAUCUGAAGAAAAAGGCCGAGCUGUUUGAGAGUCGCAUGGGGACGACCCAUUGGCCACAUGCCAACAUCUUUCCAAACAAUGCUGUGCAAACCCGGCUGGGGAAACCAGAAACCUACUCCAGGGACCAGCCAAUCGAAUCACCUAUGAUGAGCCACAGAAUGCUGCAGCUUGCUGGAGUCAAGCCAUAUUGA